AUGAAGGGAGGUUACUUACUGUGGCUGUGUGGGUUGGUGCGGAUCGUCCAAAGUGAGAUAUCCAACCAAUCCCUUGAGACAGCGUUGAACACGUCCAUCAGUGCUGGCGGGCAGCCCUUCAUUGUGGUCACCUACAACUUGUAUUGGUGGUGCGUGUCGGACGAGUACGGGAACUGUCCGCAAAAUAAAGACGGGAAGGGAUUCCAAAAGCUGUUUGCGCGAAUACAACAGAAUGGCCCGUUUGACCUGAUCGGCUUCCAAGAAUGCGAUGACGUAGGCAAAGUCAUCGGUGGGACCAGUUUAGCCGCCAGCUUCGAGUACUACACACCGAAGACAGGCAACGAUGCUCCGAUGGCAUGGCAACACUCUAAGUUCAUAGCAAUCGAAGGGCCUGGCACGGCUUGGAUCUCCAGGGACAAAUACGGAGACCGCCAUAUGAACUGGGUUCGGCUCCAGGUCAUUGGCAGCAGCGCGACCAUCUUCUUUGCGAACACGCACGGACCCUUAGAUCAAUGCGGUGGUGGACCUGGUGAAACAGUUGCCUCCAACUACGUCAAUGCGGUUUACAGCCACAAGAAGCCGGGCGAUCUGGUCGUCUUUACUGGCGACUUCAAUUGCGGCCAAAACCAAGACACAAUCAAGAAGCUAUCUCAGGCGUUCGAGCUUGAUGCCACAGACACCUCGUACAAUGGUGCCGACCACAUCUUCAGCAGCGAGGGCGUCAGAGUCUUGUGGAAGGGUUCCAGCUCCUUGUCAGCAGGAUCUCGUACUUAA